AUGAAGCUACUAAAAUGUGGCCGGCUCCUGCUGAAGCUCACUGUUGCACUGGGAUUUCUUUCCCUGCUCAGUCUACCAAAAAUAGGCUGGAAUCCUACCUACAGGUUCAGCUGGUUGGAGUAUACAGAUGCUGAUAACAUCCCAGAGAAAGUGUGCAACUGUUCAGCAAUCCUGCAGGGAGAGAGUGAGGCAGUGGAACAGGCCAAAAUACUGACCAUCACUAAAGACUUCCGCAAGAGUGUUCAGAUUCCUGAUGAGUACUAUAUCAAUGCAACCCAAGACUGCAGGAAAUUCAGGUUAAGUAGGAAAUACUUAACAUUCCCUUUAAGCCAGGAAGAAGAGGAAUUCCCUCUGGCUUACUCCAUGGUUGUGCAUCAUAAGGUGCAGACAUUUGAGCGACUGCUGCGAGCCAUCUAUGCACCUCAAAAUAUCUAUUGUGUACAUGUGGACAAUAAAUCAGAGGCCUCUGUCUUCUCUGCCAUCAGUGCCAUUACUUCCUGUUUCCCAAACGUCUUCUUGGUCAGCAAGGCUGUAAAUGUGGUCUAUGCUGCCUGGCCACGAGUCCAGGCAGAUCUUAACUGUAUGGCUGAUCUCUAUAACGCCAAAACAAAAUGGAAAUACUUCAUCAACCUUUGUGGCCAGGAUUUCCCUUUGAAAACCAACUUGGAAAUUGUGAAGGCGUUGCAUUCAUUGAAGGGCGGUAACAGCUUGGAGUCAGAAAAACUGCCUAGAGAAAAGCAGCGGAGGGUGUCAAAUGUUUACCAGAUUGUUGAUGGGAAAAUCCAGGAGAAAGGAAAGACAAAGGAGCCACCUCCCUUUAACCUGCCCAUUAUGUCAGGAAAUGCUUACAUUGCGGUCAACCGAGGCUAUAUCCGCAGCGUGUUGGAGGACAAGCGAGUACUGGCACUGAUCGAGUGGGCCAAAGACACCUAUAGUCCGGAUGAGUUUAUCUGGGCAACCAUUCAACGAAUCCCUGGCGUGUCUGGCUCAACGUUGCCCAACCGCAAAUACGACAUGACCGACAUCAAUGCGAUUGCACGGCUGGUUAAGUGGCAGUCCCAUGAGGGGCCACUGGGUUCAAUGGAGGCGGUCUACCCAGUAUGUCAAGGCAACCAUGUCAGGUCAAUAUGUGUGUAUGGUGCCGGAGACCUGCAGUGGUUGCUUAAACAGCAUCACCUCUUUGCCAAUAAGUUUGACACAGAAACAGAUCCCAUUGCGGUCUACUGCUUGGAGAAGUAUCUGAGACAAAAGACACUACUUGCUACCUAG